AUGUUUACCCUUUUUUUUUUUACCACAGAUCAAAUGAAUGUUCGACCUAAUGCUCCGUUUCGGCCUCCUAGACCAAUAAAGGGGGGUGUUGCGGUGGUGCAGAAAGUAGUAAAACGAAAAUUGCCCACUACCACCAAUCCUAAACCUGCAAAGAUUUUGACUACCGAUCCCGGCUCAACAAAAUACGUGAUCCAAUGGAGAAAGAAAACUUCAAAGAAGAACAAAACAUGGGACGGUGAUGGGUAUGCCGUGAUUAAACAGCUUGAGAAUGGGGCAUGCGAGAUAUCUAUCAAGAACUCUGAUGGCAAACCUAUGGGGAAAAGAGUGUUUACUGCGACACCUAACCUUGACGACGUGAUUAGUGUGGGACCCUAUGAAUUAGAAUUAGACGAAAAAGUAGGGUCUAACUCAACUUCCCAGACAGUGACACGUGUUACCCACCAGUUCAAAAAGGUUGCUCCUCCCACAGCUAGUAGUCGGAAACCGCUUUAUGACGAUUGUGCCGAUGCCAUUGCGUUGCCUCCUCCUCCAAAAGCCAAAGAUUAUGUCAAAGUAAAUAUCGAUCCACAUUUGGCAAAAGUGCUUCGUCCGCAUCAGGUUGAAGGUGUGAAGUUUAUGUAUGAGUGUUUAAUGGGGUACCGUGGGUUUGGCGGGCACGGGUGUUUGUUAGCAGAUGAAAUGGGGUUGGGGAAAACGUUGAUGACAAUCACUACAAUCUGGACGUUGCUCAAACAAAACCCGUUUAUGGAAAAAGGUGCAGUGGUAAAUAAGGUAUUGGUGGUGUGUCCUGUCACGCUUAUUUCCAAUUGGAGACAGGAGUUUAGGAAAUGGUUAGGUGCUAAUAAGCUAAACGUGUUGACGCUCAACAACCCAAUGUCAAACGAGAAACAGGAUAUACUCAAUUUUGGAAAGUUGAAUGUGUACCAAGUGUUAGUGGUGAAUUAUGAAAAACUUGUGGCACAUUUUGAUGAACUCUCAGCGGUCAAGUUUGAUUUGUUAGUGUGUGACGAGGGCCAUCGUUUGAAGAAUAGUGCAAAUAAAGUAUUGAAUAAUCUUAUCAAGCUCAAUAUUCCGAAGAAAAUUGUUUUGACGGGUACGCCGAUUCAAAACGAGUUGGUAGAGUUUCACACGUUGAUCUCGUUUCUCAACCCGGGUGUGCUUCCCGAGCUAAAAUUGUUUCAGCGAAACUUUAUAACACCUAUAUCUAGGGCCCGAGAUAUCAACUGUUUUGACCCUGAAGUGAAGAAACGCGGUGAAGAGAUAUCGCAGCAGUUGAUUGAAUUGACUCAGAGUUUUAUUCUUAGACGUACACAAGCGAUUUUGGCUAAUUACUUGACACAGAAAACUGACAUUUUGUUGUUUGUUCCACCUACAUCGUUGCAGCUCAAGUUGUUCGACUAUAUAACCAACUUGAAGAAAUUUAAUCAGUUUGAGGCAUUUACCAUGAUCAAUUUGUUUAAAAAGAUUUGCAAUUCCCCUUCGUUGUUGGCCGACGACGAGUUAUUUAAAAAGAUUGUUGAAGAAAAGUUUAAUUUGGGGAUGGCAUCCGGUAAAAUAAACAUUCUUGUGCCGUUGCUAUUGGAAAUUGCUUCGCUUGGGGAAAAGAUUGUCUUAAUUUCCAACUACACCAAGACUUUGGACUUGUUGGAACAGGUUUUGCGCAAGGUCAGCCUAACAUUUUCGAGAUUAGAUGGGUCGACCCCCAACAAUGUGCGUAGCAAGUUGGUUAAUCAGUUUAACACGAACCCCGACAUAAACGUAUUUUUAUUGUCGUCGAAAUCUGGCGGGAUGGGGAUCAACUUGGUCGGGGCUUCGAGGUUGAUUUUGUUUGACAAUGACUGGAACCCAGCGACCGAUUUGCAAUCGAUGUCGCGAAUUCACAGAGACGGACAAUUGAAACCGUGUUUCAUUUAUAGGCUAUUCACCACGGGGUGUAUUGACGAGAAAAUCUUUCAGCGACAGCUCGUGAAGAACAAAUUGAGUUCCAAGUUUUUGGACAAUGACGCCACGUCCAAAUCUGAUGUGUUUGACAAUGAUGAUUUGAAGAAUAUUUUUGAGAUAGAUACAUCGACAAUAUCCAAUACUCAUGAUUUAUUAGAGUGUGUGUGUGAGGGCGACGGGUCGAUGUUGAGUCAGCCAACCAUAGAGGAAAGCGAACCACCCCCAAAACAAGCAUGGGUUACUGCAUUAGAGCUUAAGAAGAAGAUUGACGAUGGUGAGGCGCUAAAGAGGACGGCUGUUAAAUUUGCCUUGAACGAUUAUCGACACUACAAUCCAGAGGUGAACCGUAAUUUGGAUUUUGAUUCUGCGCUACACCGAAUUGCUAACAAUUCAAGCUAUGAAAAUAAGCAAUUGCCAAUUACAUUUAUAAUGCUGAGAGUAACUAAUUAA